GAUAUGCAUUGAGACAAAGCCCGUUUCAGAUUUAUCUGAAGUUCCUUUGCACUGUGAGAACCUGAAGGUGCUUUGAUUGAACAACCUUGAUAAUUAGCAUAGACUGAGGUUGCUAACAGGUUGAAUCCCUCUGAGGGAGAAUUCAUGAUGCGAGGCUUGGCUAGGAGGGAAGUGAUUGCUCAGACGGAACUGAGGAUAGUGGUCAUUGGUAGCAGUGGCCCAUCUCAGUUCCUCCUCACUAACUACAUUCUUGGAAGAGAGGAGUUCACUAAGGAUGUGUGCAGCAUUGCUGGAUGCAGAAAGAAUGUGGGUGAACUUGCUGGGAGGCAGGUCGCUGUGGUUAAUGCACCAAACCUCUAUGACGAAGAACUGUCCAAGAGCAAGAUGAGAGAGGAGCUGAGAAGAACAAAGUGUUUAUCGUCUCCUGGUCCUCAUGCCAUCCUUAUUGCAUUUGACUUGGAGAAGAUCUCACCAAAUGACAUUCAGACUCCCAAACUGGUGAUGAAGUACUUUGGAGAAAGUGUCCUGAACUAUGCUAUGGUUCUCCUGGCAUACGAUGGACACCUUGGGGGCGCUGCAUUGAAUGAUCGGAUCAUGAAAACUGAUUGGCACCUGCGGGAGCUCAUUGAGCAGUGCAACUGCUGCUAUCACAUUUUUAGCAAGAACUGGAGGAACCGCAGUAAAGACAGGGAGCUUCUACAGAAGUUAGAGAGGAUGAUAGGAGCCAUGGGGGGCCGCUGUUACACCAGCUCGGCCUACCGCAAGGCAGAGGAGAGUGUGAGAAAAGAGGAGAAGAAGCUGAUGAAGAAGAGAGCUCCAGAGACAGAGAGGGCAUGGAGGGAGCUGGAGAAGCAGUACCAAGGGGAGGAACUACGUUGGCAGAUGGAUGCUUACAAUUCCAGUGUGGGAGCUGAGAUCAGGGCCAAAGCUGAGCUGGACAACAGCUGGCUCAGGACUUCGCUGGCCAUGGGGUUUGUGCUGGGGUUUGCAGCAGGGGCUACUAUGGGAAUGGUUGUGGGGUCAGUGGAGGGACUGGCUGGCAUGGCAGUUGGCGGAACUGUUGGAGGUGCUGUGGGUGGGGCAGCAGGGAGUGCUGUCCAAUCAGCCAUUGAGCAUCUGGAUGAAAGAGUGGGACCCCAUGCCAACAACUUCAACUCAGCUUUUAUGAACAGGUUCUUCCGAACACCACGGGUCUGAGUUAGUGAGAGAGUACUGUGUUCUUCAUAUUGAAGUAGAGUCAAAGGUUCAUGUCACUGUGUCAGAAAUCCUACUGUCAUGCAUGUAUUCAUGAACGCUGGUGGAUAUUUGAUUAUUCAGUUAUGACAUUUAUGUUAUCGUAUUCAGAGCAAUUUACAAUUUAAUCAUAUUACGGAUAUAAUGUAGCAUUAGGAGUAUCGCCCAAGGACUCUUGCUGGUGUAAUGUGGUAGAUUUGCCCAGGUUUGAGAAUAAACUCCAGUCUGCGUUGAUCGCAGCAGUGUUAUCCACUAGGCUAUACCAACCGCUAUAUAAGUGUUCUAUUCAUUCAAUCCAUAAAUAAAAGUACACUGAAGUAA